UUGUGUUAGUAUUCUUUGACGACAUCCUGAUAUACAGCAGGACAGAGGUCGAACAUUGGGAACAUUUAAGAACGGUGUUAGCGGUUCUACAGGAGCAUCAGUUGAAGGCAAAUUUGAAGAAAUGCUGCUUCGCUCAAGCCAGUGUAGAGUACUUGGGCCAUGUGGUAUCAAAAGGAGUGGCGGCUGAUCAAUCCAAAAUUGAGGCGAUGCUAAGGUGGCCACUACCGAAAAGUCUGAAGGCGCUGAGGGGAUUUCUGGGAUUGACAGGUUAUUACAGAAGAUUUGUGAAGGGGUAUAGCACCAUAGCCUGGCCACUUACAGAACAGUUGAAGAAGGAUGGUUUCCUAUGGGGAGAAGCAGCCACCUCUGCUUUCGAGAGCCUGAAGAAGGCAAUGACUACAGUGCCAGUACUAGCUUUGCCAGAUUUUACUCAGACAUUCAUUGUGGAGACAGAUGCAUCGGGGUACGGACUGGGUGCAGUACUUAUGCAGAAUAGGAGGCCCAUCGCUUAUUUCAGCCAGGUGUUGACUGCUCGGGCAAGGAUGAAAUCA